AUGACCUAUUGUUUGGAGCCACAAUUAUCGUCGAUAGGACCAUCCUUGGUGGAAAGGCGUCGUUCAACGCGUUCCUUGGGUCAACCCCCUAAUAUUAAAACCGUCAAGCCAACUUUGGUAACAUCCAAUCAUUCGACCAAAUCAGGUGAACAUGUGACGGAAAGAUUAAAGACAGUGCCAUUUAAAGAGCUUGAAAAGAUGAUUGCGGAUCUAAAAAAGGAAAACUUUGAUCUCAAACUAAGGCUAUUUCAUUUAGAAGAUGCACAACGAGAGCAACAUGAUCAGCAAAACCAAAAGCAACGAAGCGUUGGUACACAGACACCCAUGGAAAAGGCAACUGUGUCAUCAUCACCAAGAACGUUUUAUACCGCCUUUGAAGCAUCAGCUGAAGGAAUUGCAUUGUUGCCAGGUGAACAGGUGACGAUCUUUGAGCAUGACGACGAUGACUAUUAUAGCAACCACAACAGCAACACCAUGGAUACAAUGACGAAAGCGUUUUCAAAAGUGGAGAUUGGAGCAACAGCAGCAGAGGACAAUGAUACGUCUAUGGAUAAAGUGCAGGGAUGGUUGCAAGAGUUAGAAGAUGAUGAGGGCUUGAUCAGUGGACAAGAAGAACAAGAUGAUAAAGACGACGAUCAAAUUAGCCCACUGCACAUCAACCAUACCACGUGGUAG